UCCGUGUCCAGUUCACAUCGACGCUCUGCCGCCUGCCUCGUGUGGGGCUUCUUAACUUAGGCCUUCUGCUCGAGAAGCUUCUUUUUCGACAUUCAAAUCGAAAAUUUUAAACAAUCUUUCUGAGUAAUCAUGGGUUCUUUCGAAAUUUACGAUGAUGAACCACACGACGCAGGGAUGGUGACCAUGGCGAGCAACUUGACUCUGAGCGACAGCACCGAAAUGAUGAAGCAGCGCAUGGCGCAGCUCAAUCAGUUCCGCAAAACCCGACACUUUUGUGAUGUUGUGCUACAGAUCGGAACUGCGGAAAUCCAUGCCCAUCGUUCAGUGCUUGCUUGUGCCAGUCCGUAUUUCUUCGAGCUCUUCACUACUGACGAGAGCAAGAAGACGGCUCGAGAGGAUAAGGUUGUGUACAAGCUGAGCGGCAGCUUCGAGCAGGAGUCCCUGGAGAAGCUGGUCAAGUUUGCCUACACAGGAGACUUGGAUGUGCCAGCCAGGCUGGUCAGGCAUGUCUAUGUCGCUGCCAACAAACUCAGGGUGAGCCUAGCUAAUGCAGAGACUAGUCACUAUAGCAUCACUCGGUGCAGUCACGCACAAACUCAGGAACUGCGUACGCGUGGGCAGCUUGACCUGGUGCGCGUGAGCAAGGACACGGGGGGCGUGAGUCGCCUACAGGUGCGCGUGAUGCAAUACUCGGCAGACGACGCGUCCAUCACCAGCCACGCGCUCUGCACGCUCGUGCUCGAGUGGAUCCGGCGCCAGAUGGAAGAGGAAGACAUCACGCUCGAGUCUCUCAAGGAGAAGAAACAUCUGUUGUACUUGAACAUCGAUAAUUCCCUGCACGACUGCAGCGACAUCCGCACUGGGGACUAUCAGGACUCGGAGAUGGUGCAGGACUACAAGAAAAUUUCCCGCAAGCUUUCCAAGACGAGCUUGAAGGGGACGAAGAAAAUAGUUGUGGGGCUGCACCCUGCCAAGCCGCGCAUGAUGCUCUACUCCCGCAGCAUCUCGGACGAGGAGGACGCGCAGGACGCUGAGUGGAAGCUCAUCGCUCAUUCUGAAGUUACUGAUCGCUCGUUCCUGUCGAUCGUAACAUUGAACGGAGUGGUCUCAGUGCUGUCCAUCAUGCAAGUGUCACAGCCCCCGUCGCCCACUCUACGCACGCCGCACCAGUCACGCCCUGCCAGCGUCGAGAAGGUUGACAGCUACACUCUAAUCCCCCACAUGGCGAGCUCCAAGUGCGGCUGCGGCGUCGAUAAUUUCAAUGGAACUCUUCUCGUGUCCGGGGGCUACGACAGAGUUGAAUGUCUGCGAGAUGCUGAAGUUUAUUCGCCCAAGGACAACACUUGGACGAAGUUUCCUGACAUGCGACAAGGACGCGGUCGCUUUGGUCUCGCUGUUCUGGACGGCAUCGCUUACGCCAUCGGCGGCAGUGACGGAACACGGGAGCUCAACUCCGUCGAAGUGCUCGACGCCGAUGCCAAGCGCUGGACAAAUGUGGCUCAGAUGCCUCUGGCGCGAUCCAAUGCCGGAGUGUGUAGCUUCAACGGCAAGAUCUACUGCGUGGGCGGGUGCUACGGUCACGGUGGCAUCAAGCAGUGCGAUGUGUACGAGCCUCAGACCAACACGUGGACUACUAUCGCUUCUCUCAACAUCGGUCGGUACCAAGCUGGAGUGGCGGCCCUGGAUGGCAAGGUGUACGCCGUGGGCGGCUACGACGUCCUGAAUUGCCUGAGCUCGGUCGAGGUGCUGGACACGGAGCUCAACGAGUGGCGCAUGGGCGCCCCCAUCGGCACCGCCAGAAGAGGGCAUGGACUGGCCGCCUUCAAAGGGAAGCUGUUCAUGGUGGGCGGGUUCGACGGCAAGCAGUCGCUGUGCUCCACGGAGAUCUACGACCCCGACACCAACAGCUGGUCGCCAGGCCCCUCCAUGACCACAUGCAGGGCGAACGUCGGCGUCGCUGUCGUCGAUGGCAAGCUCUACGCUGUUGGUGGCUUCUCAGGUAAGAACUUCCUGAACAGCAUCGAGUAUCUGGACCCGGAGACGAUGGAGUGGACAAACUUUACGCCCAAGCCUGAAGGCUACAAGAGCAGGAAGACGAGCAAGAGCCUCGUGAACGGCGCCGGUGCUCAGGCCGAUGAGGAAUCCCGGUCAGAAACGCAGGAGGAUAACUCGGCCAGCGAGCUGGACACGAGCAUCCCUGAAGAAAGCAUCCCUGAGGAGAGCGAACCUUCGACCUGUGGCGACACUCCUGCUGUCAACGGCAUCAGAGCCAUGACCACCAAUGUCCACUGAUGAAUCUCGCCAUGAGAAAUGCAUUAUCCUCGUUGUAUAAAAUUUAAAUUUGAAUUGCUUUAGAUGUGUUCGACUUUUGAGCUGACCCAGCAUAUUAUUCUCACUCUAGAUGCAUAGUUUUCUCAUGGUUUCCUUAUUUUAUGUUGUGUUCUCCAAUAUAUCACUUCAUAUGUGUAUCGCUUCUCAAUAUCCGAGCGUGAUCAUACAAGGUUAGAUUUCUUGCGUUGGAGGCAUUUGCCGACGACCUGUAGCUUGUUUUUUUACAGCUAAAGUGUCAAAAAUUAUUUUGCGAAUAAUUUGAACUUCAAUUAUUAAAUAUUCUACAGCGAUGUAAUUUCCAAAGUUCACAUACUAUUAUUUUUCGUGGUACAUCUUGAGGCUCCAACAUGAUUAAUCUGGACCAUCGAAAAAUAAUUAUAUGCAUAAUCAGUCAAGGUUGUGCUGACUAGGCUUAUCAUUGAUAUUUGUAGGUUUUAUUUCAAUAAAAUUUCAUUUGCUGAGUAUUGUGGAGAGUUGGUGGAUGUUCGAAGUCGUGUGAACGAUGUUCUGUCAAAUACGUAGGCGUGAGCUUCACAGUUUCCUGGGGCGUUACUGAUGAAUUUUUAUUUACCAUGCUUUGAGUGACGGCGUCACAACGGCUCAAGGAAUUGAUGCUAGGGAAUGUAUCAGACCUCGAAUUUCUGCUUCAUUUUUGAUUGAGGAGGAGUAAACGUUUUAACGGGCCAGGAAAAACAAUCUAAGAAUAAAUUUGCAUUUUAAAUAACAAAGAUAGUUGAUUUGGUGGAAAACAUGCAUUGGAACAAGCGAGAAAAUUGCAGUAGAAAUAGCUUUGUAACUGGUAUGGAAAUGCUAUUGAUGUAGGAAUUGUGGCUGACAACUCGGAUAAAUGUAACACCAUAGCCUGUUACUGCAGGCUUGCCAUCUGCACAAGAGACCGCUACACUACAGACAUGAACCAUGUCACUAGCGACCAUGUCGCGAUUUCCUCCUGUCCAUCUUGUUUCUGCGAUUUUGACGUUCAAAUGCGACCAUAAUUUUCGAUAAUUUGACUUACUAGGCGUUUGAAGAGGCAUUCGUAGAAACUGUUCAGGUAAAUUUUUACGUUCAAGUUAGUAAAUAAAUUUGCGUUUCUGCAUAUAUAUGCAAUUUUAAUUUUUACAUUUCUUUCAUUUCAACAGGAAAUCAUAUUGAGCAAAUCAACCCCGUGGAAGCACACUUGAUGUUAUUUAACAUUCAUUUCCACAUCGUUAAGUGUACUUUGUAAAUGUUCUGGUCGAUGAAUCAGGCCAGAGUAAAUUACAAAAUAAUGGUGAAGUACCCAGUUCGGGCUUAAUUUUCAAUAUUAUGAUGGGUUCACUGUUUCACAUAUAACACUGAUAAACGCGCUUUGUUUCACAAAUCACGUAAGAUGAAUUUUAAUCUUUCAAACACCAUUAGCAAGUAAAGCAUUUGUUAAAGGUGAGCUGGAGUUGUUUUGAAGCUUGAAAUUUCUCGAUAAAACGUAGAAUGAUUAAAUGAAAUGAGCAUUUAUUCAUAUAAAUGAUUGCAUUGUCGUGUAAUUCCAUACAUCCCAGUAGUGAACUCAACAUGUUUCACCGAAAAAAGCUUUUUGGUCAAGCAAUUGUAUUAGAAAGACAAUAACUAUAUCAGUUGAGCUACCCACGUGUAAAACGAUACUAAAUACUUUUAUUUUUGUUCUAGGUCUAACUAACCUACCGCAAUGACGCUGAAAACUCGGGAAUCUAUGAUUUUGUAUUGAUAUUGCGACGUGUUAAAUGUAACCAGAUUAUUCGUAGGUUUCAUUCCACGGUCACAUAUAUCGACUCCAACUAGGGCUAUCGUGCAUACCGUGGAUCAUUGCGCCCAACUUUGAGUACGAUCGUCAAAAAAUGUUCAGUGAAAUUCCAAGCAAUUGAGAGUCAAAUCAUUGGAGGUUCUUUUUUUAGAUUUCAACUUGAAGUUUAUUUUCAAAAUGUCACUGGGUUCCUCAGCAAUGAAAUAGACAUGUCAUGACUGAUACAGUGACUAGCACAAGCCGUGUUGCGGUUUUAGCUGGUCCCAACAUUUUCGACCUGAAUAAGGUAAAAUUUAUACUUAUCACAUUUACACGUUUUUUCAAUAUAUAACACGAGGAUUAUAAUGUUAUUACAAUACAUAUUCUUUUGAAACCGAUUCUAACGCUUAUUUUUCUCCACCUUGCUUCGAAAUAUUUGUUAAAUUUUCAUUUAUUGUAUUCUCACUUCAUCUCUUAAAGUGACAAUUGCUCGCAUGUUCAGAUCAAUGACAAAUGGUGCCAACAUUGUUUGUGAUUUGAGCAACAUUAAGUGACUCAACAAGCAUUGAGUGAUUUGACUUUACAAUCAUUUUCAAAACUAACUGAAUCGGCAUGCCUUAAUUGAUAACCGAUUGCAUUGUCUUAUCAAAAUGUAACUUCCUGUUGACGCGAUGUUGUUUCUUCGUGUGUUUUUCAUCUGAAAAAUUGCCAUAAGAUUACCAUGAUUUCUGUAUUGCGAUCCCUCAGUUCUAUAUUAACUUGUUUGUGCCACGUUCCAAGUGUUGAACUUGAUAAUGUGUAAGCUAUCACUGCUUUAUUCAGUUAAUUUAGCUUGAUGUGAAUAAGCCUUAGAUAUGCAUCAUGAAUUAUAUAUACAUUCCCGUGUCUUGUGUUAAGACAACCGCGUGCUGAAUGCUGCGAGUACACUGUUUCUUGUGAAGCACUUCAGCACAUUAAUUAACACAAGCUUUAUUAUCUCUUGGAAGAAUUGUGUUAAAGUAUAUUAUAUAGCUUCUAUUGUGUUGAAGUUAUUAAAUAGGAAGUAGAUGACUACUAAGUUAUGUGUUCAAGCCAUAGUUAUUGAACCAACACACGGGAUUAUAAACCUGUGCUUAAAUGGUGAUGUUAUUAAGGUUGGGAUAUAGGAAUGAGCAGCUUGGGUUUUCUGAUGUGAACUUGUCGUGGUUGGUUUAUUAACUUUAAUAAACUUGCACGCAUACAAUAUUCACCUCGGUUAUUGUGACCAGAAAUGCCCUGUAAUGAAUAAAUUUGUCUUUUUGAA